GUGCACUACCUAUAGGUACUUAAGGUAGUGCCUUCAUAUAACUCUACGCGUUGAUGCAGCCUGCAUAGGUACCCGUGGCUUCUAGCGCCCGUCAGUGCCCGCAAGAAGUACAUCUAUGGGUACAUAAAUCAAACCAGUUUUCCAGGAGGAAUGAGGGUACUUCUCUAUGUACCUCUUAGGGGAUGGGCUUCUUCCUGAGUACCUACCUCUCCUAUAAUAACGACGGGCAGCCCCGCUCUCCAAUCUGAUGUCGUAUGGGACGAGACAACUUGAAGGCUGACGAUACAUACACGUCCUCGAGACCAGCAGAGCAGCACCAGCAAUCUCCCAGCCUACGACGCAAGCUUACUAGCCUGAGACGACGACGAGGUCGCGACCUCUUCGAUACCUCUACCUUUAUUUCCCUCCCUUGCGCCGACAGCUACGUGCAGGCAUACCCCCUAUCCAGAUUGCCUCGGACGCCAGGGCCGGGAUCAGGCACCUUUAGGUUGGGAAGCUCUCCGGUGGCGCGCCAUGCCGCCAGCGGAUGCUCCCGCCACGCCGUCCGGCAAAGUUCCGCUCAACGGGUGCUUCCUAAACGGCGUCUGGCACUGUAAUUGCAUCCCCCGCCUGCCCGCCGUGUCGCUGCAGGCCAAGAAGGAGUCGGCCAACAAGGGCCGGUCGUUCUACACCUGCCAGAAGGACCGCAACAAGAAGAACAAGUGCGGCUUCUUCCUCUGGGCCGAGGACGCCCGCCGGCGCGAGAUGGGCUCGCUCAUGAGCAACUCGCGCACCGAGACCAACGGCCCCGGGCACAAGCGCCAGCGCCAGCGCACGCUCCACGAGAGCAUAACCCCGAGCAAGGAGAAGCGCCCGUGGUACGAGAAGACCCCCGUCACCAGCAUCGCCGACUUGAGCCGCGCCCUCUCCGCUACCGCCGCGAGCCCCGCCGCGGGGGCGGAGACGACGUCCCUCAAAAGGAAGCGCGACGAUUUCGACGACGACAACGACGACUACGGCAACUUCUCGUCGGGCGAAGAGGAGUUCCUCGCAACGCUCGCCGACAGCUCCAGCAAGCCCCCUACUGUAGCCGCGUCUUUGGUCUCGGGAGGAGGCGAGCCGCGCGGCGCGUUCGCGACGCCUGCGGCCGCCCGGACGCACGUCGUCGCCUCGGACGGGAUGCCGACGCCGCUGACGAAGAAGCCGGUGCGUCGCGUGCUGUUCGUGGACGAGGCGGCGGCGGCAGGGGCAGCGAAGCUGCCGAAGCCUGCGGGGGACUCGUUCUCGUCGGCCGCCUCCUCGCCCCCGGCGCCGGCCACCACCACGCCGACGCCGAAAAGUGGCCUCACGCACGACAUCCUGGCGCCGCAUGCGGUCCGGGCUCAUGAAGGUGUAUCAGGACAGCUGAGCUGCCGCGGAGGGCAGGGCAGGGAAAGUAUGCGAACGAUGCCCACCGCUGUUUAUCCAAGUGUGUCUUAAGUCCGCGGUGGAGGGGUAGGCAUCCGGCCCAGAUGCGGCGGGCACGUACGACCGAACUCGGAAUACACUGGCCAGAGGGUGCCCGACCUUGUGUAUAUGUCGGUCCUCGUUCCCGCCGACAUCGUCGCCCCGCUCGUACAGGGAGGAUGAGCUCUCGCGGCAGGGAUAGUAUAUAGUACUUAAAUGUCUGAAUAAUAUAUGAGGUUACUCCAGUGC